UGUUCAACCUACACAAGAAUGGACUGCAUGGAGAAACACUUUGGCUAUGAAUAUGUACAAUGAGUGGCGUGCACAAGAAUGGAAAGUGAACAAAGUAGUCAACCAAAAGGAAGUAGAAGGGUUUGGAAACAACAUGAAGAAGAUGCAUUGCUCUCCAUACUUGAGGAGGCAGUUGUUAAGAAUUUGCGAUGUGAUAACGGUUGUUUCAAACCCGGAACAAUGGCUCAGUUUGAAACAGCUAUUAAUUUGAAAUGUCCUUAUGCCAAUAUAAAGGCAAUUCCACAUAUUGAGUCCAAAAUGAGGAGGUGGAAAAAAGAUUAUGCAAUAGUUUAUGACAUGAUUAAUAAAACUGGUUUUGCAUGGAAUGAUGUACGAAAGUGUAUUGAGGUUGAUAGCACUGAAGUAUGGCAAUCCUAUGUAAAGGUUAACAAAGAAGCAGAAGGCUGGCUAGGAAAAUCGUUUCCAUUGUAUGACAGAUUAAAUGUUAUUUUUGGGAAAGACCGAGCAACCGGAGUAGGAGCUGCAACUCCUACUGAGAUGAUGAAUGAGCCUGAGCACAUUAAUGAAGAUGAAGAUGAGGCGGAGACUAGUUCUCCCUCUGUUGCUUGACGGUCCAGUAGUUCAAGUACCCGGAAAAGGAAGAGAGCUACUAAUGAUAAUGAACUUGCUGUGGCAUUUAAAGAAAUGCUUUCUGAAUCAGUUGAUAAGUUGGGUGAAGUUUUACAAGUUGCUUUUGGGAAAGGAGUGGAUCAAAAACCUGAGAUUGUUUCAGAAUUGUCAAAGAUGGAUUUGUCUAUUGAGGAUCAAAUCAAGGCACUAAAUAUCCUUUUUGAAA